GGAAAGCCUUCUUCUUACGUCUUACUGUGAAGAGCAGACAGACGCCGGUGACAAGAGAUAAGUAUAAGGCGAUCUCCCCUGGUGGGGCACAAUCCAAACCAACUGCGAUGCUAAACAGCUCCCUCCUGGACCAGGCGAGGCAGAGCAGCCAGGAACUCGGCGCUGUACACAGCUCACACUAAGCCCAGCCUGCAGCCACUUCCUGCUGAUCCAUCCCACACUCACAGAGGGAGACAUUGUUGCAGAGUCCCAGGAACUGAUACAUGUGAAGGACUUCUCAGCAUCUCCACUCCAGUCUCAGCUUCACUCACAGCUCAUCGCACGGCAGCAGCUUCUCACUGCCCAGGCACCAUGACUGCGGAGAUCCAGCAGCCCCCCUCUCAGACCCCUGCCCAGAGCAGCCCCAUGUCUGCACCCCCUGAGAAGCACAGUGUGCAGACCUCGGUCAUGGAGUCAGCCUCCUGCAAUACAAAGGCCAAGAAGACCAACGCUGGGAUCAGGAGGCCAGAAAAGCCUCCAUACUCCUACAUAGCCCUGAUAGUGAUGGCCAUCCAGAGCUCCCCCACCAAGAGGCUGACACUCAGCGAGAUCUACCAGUUCCUGCAAAGUCGCUUCCCUUUCUUCAGGGGGUCCUACCAAGGAUGGAAAAACUCAGUCAGGCACAACUUGUCCCUUAAUGAGUGUUUCAUCAAGCUCCCCAAGGGACUGGGCAGACCUGGCAAGGGCCAUUACUGGACCAUUGACCCAGCCAGCGAGUUCAUGUUUGAAGAAGGUUCCUUCAGAAGAAGACCCAGGGGCUUCAGGAGGAAAUGUCAAGCGCUGAAGCCCAUGUACAGCAUGAUGAACGGUCUGGGCUUCAACCACAUACCAGAUACCUACAGCUUCCAGGGCUCUGGUGGGUCUAUCUCCUGCCAACCCAACGGCCUGUCACUGGACGGUGGCAUAGGGAUGAUGAAUGGGCAUCUGCCGAGUAACGUGGACGGAAUGGGCUUAACUGCACACUCCGUGUCGCAUCUUGCGUCCAACGGUGGCCACUCGUACAUGGGGAGCUGCACGGGAUCUUCUGGGGGAGAUUAUCCCCACCACGAUGCUGCCUCUCCUCUCCUAGGAGGAAGUGGGGUGAUGGAGCCCCAUUCUGUGUACUCCAACCCAGCCUCAGCCUGGGCUCCUUCAGCUUCUGCCCCUUACAUCAAGCAACAGCCCCUAUCACCCUGCAACUCUGCAGGCAACACCCUGUCCUCCAGCCUCUCAUCCCACACCCUGGACCAAUCUUACCUGCACCAGAACAGCCACAACACGGCAGACCUGCAAGGUAUGGUACCUACCUUCUGUAUUGAUAAUGGGGGUUGCAGGUUUUAGAUGUAGUACACCUGGUCUAAUGGGGGAAUUUAGAUAACAAUUUGAGGACACUUAGAGUGGAGCAGUUACCAUGGAAACUCAUGGAAUGUUACAGCUGAUUUCUCCACUCUUAGAACAUUGCUACAAAUAUUAAUGCGUUUCAGCCAAUAGACAAUGCAUUGAUCCGAUCAGUUAUUCAGAAACCCCUUUCUUAUCAUUAAACCUGUCCAUGCCAGAGUCCGAGAAAAAUUCCCGUGUUUACCGUAAUCCUGACAGUAGAAAAAGAAGCCCAAUUCCAAACCUUAAACGGUUAAUGACAAUAAAUAACAGCGUUAUGCAGACUGACUCUGUGGGUGCUUGCAAAACACAUUAUCAAUAUCCAGCGUUUAACAAUCCCAUCAUAAACAAAGCCCCCAAAGUGGUGAAUUAUAUAAUGUAACAAGAUGCUCUAAUUACAGCUCUGUGACAUCAGGGAGAUUGCUCAUAUUCCUGAGAAUGUAGUGACUCAUGGAAAGUAGCAGGGAAUGAUCCCAGCACUGUCCUCAUGCAGCACUCAUGGCCUGGGAGACACACACAGAUCCCAUGUAAACAGAGUGGGCACACAUGUGUCCCACAUCCCUGGGAUGGGAUGGCAGUAUUUAGAGUGGAGCCACUGGGACUGCAAGCAGGAAUAAUUAGGGAUGAUGAGGGUGAGAGCUGUCUGCAUGCCCUAGGCUUACUCUGGUCCAUGGGGGAUUGUCUCAGCUUCUCAAAUCCCAAAAUACAGCAUUUCAAGCCAUUCCCUCUGCACGCAUUGCUGUACUUCUCACGGCCAAACCGUGCAUUGAGCAAUGAGACAGCUAAACGGAUACAACGUAACUAAUCACAGCAUAACUGAUACAUUGUAACCGUUACACUACGCAUUGCACUCUUAUUAUACGCACAUAUCGCUGUAGAAUUAAAAGUGUGCUUUGCAUAUUAUCACACUAUCAUUCCCUGCAGUAAAUUGUCUUUUAGACAUGCUUUGUCACUGUGAGUCUCAGGAACUAAUUAGUCAGUCUGCCUUAUUUCCCAACAUGCCAGUUAAACUUAAAUAGUAUAACAGCAGCUUUCUUCCCAUGACAUAAGUAACUAUUACAGCUGUGCCCAGAGCUCGAUACAACUACAAUUUAUUCUAUUAGUAUAUUGUGUCUAAAUUAUAAUUAUAAGGCUAGCAAAAUAAAUAGUAUUUAGAUUAAUACAAUAUUAGGAGCGAGCUGCUGCUAUUGCAAAUUCACAAAUAACAAUUAAUAAUAAUAAUAAUAAUAAUAAUAAUUGCCGAUCCAUAUUUUGUUCUUUCUUCGGAAAGUUUUGCCGUUUUAUAAUUUUUAAAUGCAAUAAAUAGGAGAGCGAUUUCACUUUAUAUAUUAUUACAAAAUUCAGAAUUAAAUAAUUUACAUCCCGGGGGCAGAAUCACACUGUGUCUAACAACGUUCACAUUUCCAUGGAAACCUUAAAUUAGUAUUAUUAAUAUGUAAUCUAAAUAUAUAUUCUGCAAGGUUUUACGUCUACAAUAUAUGGAAUAUCACACAAGUAAUUGAUUUGCAGAAUAUAAUGCAGAGUAUCGGUGAAAGAGAGAUGAUUUAUCCAAAUCUGUAGGAUUCCUCCCCAGCUAAGUGACAGUAUAGAUGUGAUAGUAUAUAUGUAAUAAUAUAUUAGUAAUAUUCAUAGUUUAGUUUAUGUCAGGGCUGCACACGAUGACUGCUAUGAGAGAGCCUGCUUUGUGGCAACAUUGUAUCCAGUGCGGUGUUUGUAUCUUGUGCUAAUCAGUGUCUCCUCUUUUUCACCCCAGGUAUCCCCAGGUAUCACUCCCAAUCUCCCAGUAUGAAUGACAGAAAGGAGUUUGUCUUCUCCUUUAAUGCCAUGGCUUCAUCGUCAAUGCAUGCAGGGAGCGGAUCCUAUUACCACCAGCAAGUUAGUUAUCAAGAUAUCAAGCCCUGUGUCAUGUGAUCUGUAACAGGCCCAAACCCCAGGGCCCCUGGGGGACACCAGCUAGAGACUCAGUAUGUGGGCUUCACCGGUCACAUUACAACAGAACUCCUGAGAUACCAGCUUUUUGACACUCUGGCAGCCAAAUGGUUAAAUCAGUUAACCUGUUCACUAAAGAGGUAUUAUUUUUAUUUUUGAAUUUUUUUAUUAAAGUCAAAUCUAAAGAGGAAGUGACUUUGCUAGUUAACCCUUUGUGCACUAAAGGGCAAAAUAGAAGACUGUAAACAUAUUUUUGAAAUAAAACUUAAAAAAAAAUAUCAAUAAAAUAAUUUAAAGUAUUCUGAAAUACAUAAUUGCAAUUUUUCUUCAUCCCUAAAUUUCUGGGCAACACAACAAGUCCCUAAUGGCACAGACUUCUCUGGUAAGGGUUAUAAAAACAACAUGUACCUUUAAUUUAAUAAAAGCAAAAAUAUAGUUUGGCAAACAGAUUAAAUAUUAUUAAUUCUCUGUCUGCAAACAGUAUGCACAUUAUAAAUAUUAGUUUUAAAUGAACUAUUCAGUUAGGACCAUAAAUUAAUGAUUAUGAAUAUUUUUUUUCAAUUUGCCUCAUUAUGAACUUAUUAUUCACUACUUGUAGUGUGUUAUGCUGUCCCCUUGGACAAUGGAUGUUCAGAUCAGUACUGCCAUUUGCAGAGUUGUCAUGGCACUUUUUAACACUCUGUUAAUUUAUUUAUCUUUUUUUUUAUAAUUAUUACUAGAGAGACACCACCUUGCAUUAAAAAUUAUCAGUAUUAAAAUGGUGUUUUUUUUGUUGGCAAUAUUUGCCUUGUGAAUCCUUUUCUCCUAUGUCACUGUAAAUGUGGAACAAAUUGAUGUUCUGUGUAAAGUCAAACUCUAUCAUGUUUUAUAUAAAUCUAUAUAUAAUGAAGGACUAUUUUCUUUCUUUCUUUGUAUUUAGGGUGAUGUGCCCAGCACAGACACCGAUUGUUAUUUUCUCUGCACUGUACAAAAAAUUUAUGAUUUUUUUUUUGUAAUGUUGUCUUGUGUACAUUUAACAAAACAAAAACAGAACAAAAAAACAACAAAAAUAAA